AUUAUUCUAGAACAGCAAGACAUUCAUGAAGGUCUAAGCUCAAGGCGUACAGUAGGGUCUUGCUAGUUAAAGACUAGCCCCUUCUCCAGGGAAUCGGCGUCAAGAAAACGCUUUUUACUUCCUAUAGCGCACACCGCAGCAACGCCCUUUCGCCCAUUUUACAGCAGUGCGCCCGGUCACGGACUAGAAACUUAACCGCAGGCUCCUUGCUGAUCCAUGCAGCUACAGUUAUUGUAAACGAUCACAGCCAAACGGCCAGCGCGAUGGAGGCUAGUAAGGAGUCACUGGAGCUUAGUCCCUGGCAGGGCAUCGCAUGCAUCCCGGAUCAUGAGCGGAAUGCCUUCGAGCGCGAUUUCGCGCACGCCGUGGAAAUUUCCAUGGAGUGCGAGCACAUGCCAUGUGACACCCUGGAGCAGGCCGCAAAGUUUGGUCGGCGAAUCCUGGUAACAAACUGGUUAACUGGCGGACUGAUUAGGAAUGUGGCCGGCCCACCCUUCAUACUCUUUAAGCUGUGGGAGGCAGUCAGGCAUGCAGAGCGCCUAACUUGCAUGCAUUUCACGUGGUUCGAUAGCGCCACACGCAAGGAGAUCAGCUUCCAAGAGGCCAACCGGCGGAUGCGGGCGGGGCAGGCCGAUAGCAUGAUGCAGGGCGCCAUCACCCGCGGGAACCCAGACCCCGCCGUGUACGAGCACAUGACAUGCGACGAGUUCGUACUAGCCAUGUGCUCCCUGAACCUCAGUCAGAAGUGCCACCACUGGGUUUCCUGCUACAACCUUGCAGCCUCCUUGUACGGCGAGCCUCGCAUCCAACAGCGCAUCCGUACCGUGCUGCUGCCUCAGCUGGCGCAGUGCGACGUGGGGGAGCCGGUGCACAUGGACGUGUCGCAGUGGGAGGCGGUGUGGAUCACGUGGCUGGUGCCGUACCUCAUGGAGGGAAUCCGCCAGCAGCCGCCCACGUCAGCAGUGGCCUUGCAGGCUCGCAUGACAAUACGUGCGGCGGCUAAGCGGCUGCUGGAGGCGGAGCCGGGGCGCGCGAUGAACUACCGCGUGGCGAUGGAGGUCGCGGCGCAGAACGAGGAUCCGAGCGGCGACUACAGCGCCGCCUGCACCCUGGCCCGGCUUGGCGAGGAGCAGGGCAACGACUUCGCGGUCGCAGUGGGCACCUGGAACAGCGCCGUCUGCAUCCUGCGUGGCGCGCAGGGUCCGCGGGUGCCCACCUGCCGGCUGGGGGAGCUGCGGGAGCUGGUGGGCAAGGCGGUGGCGGCGGGCAAGCGACUCAAGCGCUGGCGCAUGAAGCCGCUGCUGAUGGCUACGAUGGAUGUGCACGUCGCGUUCGUGAAGCAGACGAUGAAGGACCUGCAGCACCUGCCUGAUGACGAGGAGAUCCGCCUACCGCACAUGACCGAAGCAGCAAAGGCCGCGGCGGAUGCAGUGUUGCGUGCAGGAGCAGCGGGUACGGGCAAUGCCGGCGCCGCUGGGGUGUCCUCAGGCCCUGCGGCCACUGCCGCUGCGCAUUCGCGCUCGGCGUCUCCGGCGACGGCGGCGGCAUCCAAUGAAGCCGCAACCGAGUCCGGUUGCCACGGCUGCGGCCACAAGUUCGCCUCUUACCAGCGCUGUGGCGGCUGCCGGCAGCGGCGGUACUGCAGCAGGGCCUGCCAGGCAGCGGACUGGCGUGCCGGGCACAAGCAGCAGUGCAAGCAACUGGC